AUGGGGCAGAAAAGGACUAGGACUUGGGAUUGGGAGAGAAUUAGUACCGCUUCAAUUGUACUGAACUUGUAUCUCUUUUAUAACUUGUACUUCUUUACUGUUACACUGAGUGAGGUAGAGGCCUUAUAUGAGCUGUAUAUCAAGUUGAGCAAUUCAGAAGAAUUUCAUGUGGCACUCUUCAGGAACAAGAACAUGAGUAAUCUGUUCGCAGACAGGUUGAAGGAGAUAGUAGUUGCACCUUUGCACGAGUCAUUUCUGGUACUUGCAGAUGAUAUUGUUGAAACCAUUGUGGAUAAGUCAUGUAAAGACUCUGAGGAGGCUGAUAAGGUAUUUGAUGUGGUAUCAACUUCUUUGGAUGACUCUUCAGUAGCAGCUUUUGUAGCUUUUGUAUCACAGUGCUGCAGCUUUUCACCUUAUAAUUUAGAUGGAGAUGUCUCGGAUGGAUGGAUAGUUGACAACACUCUUGGAUUACCAAUGAGAGAUGUAUCAACAACAGAUAGAGUAGGCGAGGUCAGGCCAUUGUUCUGA